CAUCCCUUAAGCAGGCUUGCUCAUGCAACUCAUUCAUUUGCUUACUUCAUUCCUUUGACAACAAGCCUUGAUUUUUUAAAGUCUCCUGCCAAUCUUACUAGUCUGGUGCAACAACGAAAUCACACGCCAGUCAACAAACACACCCUCUGCCAAUUUUUUCCCAUCUAAAAAGGACCCGGUUCUUGACAACCAAAGCUUAUCUAGACUAAUACAAAUAUACACAUUGAUCUCCUACCUAUGGCCGCAUUACCCACUAUCAUCAUCAACGGGCACACUGCCCUUCAUUCACAAGCAAUCGAUCGUGACCACGUUGCGGGCCGCAACCACACUGAUCAACCACAUCAAAGCCAUGUUUCAUCCACAUCUACGCCAAAGCAGUUAAGAGUAGCGGUCGUUGGAUCAGGUCUCGCUGGAUUGACUAUCGCCCAUCUCCUAUCCUCAUUGCACACUGAGAACGGACAUGGCAAUACGGCUAUUGACGUUCAUGUGUUUGAAGAAGCACACAAAUUUGGUAUGGAUGCUGCUUCUCUAUCCGUACCAUGUCCAUGUCAAGAGUGUGUCCAAGCCUCGGGGACAGAGACCCACAAGAGCCCCAAUCAAAAACAUGCCGAAGGUCGUAUGGAUGUGCCUAUGAGGAGUUUUUUUCCAGAGUACUACCCUAAUCUAGUACGUCUUUAUCGAUCCAUCGGUGUCAAAUUUCAAGAUGCAGACAAUACCUUGUCCUGCUUUGAUAUCAAGUUCGACUCAAGACGAGCGACUUGUGAAAUUUCUGAUACCUAUAGUAAUAAUUACGAUAAAGAGAAAAUCAAAGCCGUUCAAGUUCAGGAACCUUAUCUGUCCUCCAGAUCGUACAAGAUCGGUUCACAAACCAUCACUCUCCCGGAUUUGCCGCGGUUCUCCUUACUCAAUCCAUUUCCUUUUGGACGACGCAUCGCGGGAUAUGUACGUAUCGCAUAUGACUAUCUUCGUAUGUUGAUGAUUUCCAAAGAGUUUCUGGCUAAAGGUCGGAUGAUGGAUAUCGGCAAACAUCCGAUUGAAUGGGGCAAUGGUCGAUUGAUCACAUUGCGCGAGUUUUUAGAGGCAGGGGGAUAUAGUCAAGAGUUCUGUGAGUUCUUUGUUCCCUUGUUUGCUUCAGUUUGCACGUGUAGCUUUGAGCGAAUGAUGGAAUAUCCAGCUUGUGCGGUCCUUGAAUAUGUAGCGAGAUGUAUGCCUUUCGGUCGGAUGCAGUUUGUUUCUUCUGGAGUCCAGGAUGUGGCCGAAAGGUUGGCGAAGAACAUUGGUACAAUCCAUUUCAACACCAGGAUCGAACGUGUUGUCAAAGGCAACAGAACAUCUACCUCAGGCCUCGAAACGCAGGGUCCGGCAAAUGGACCUGUUAUCCUGGUCGAUUCUCGUGGCAUUGCAAGAUCGUUUGACCAUGUCGUGUUUGCCACACAAGCCAAUCAAGCUGCGUUCGCAUUAGCUGGUCAGUCACCUACAAGGCAUCCUCGGUCUGAAUGCGAUCAACCAUUUGGCCCUGAUCCUCCUAUCUAUGACCCUGCAGUCUUGGAGUCGAUCGAACCAACCUCUCCAUUCUUUCAUCAAAUCAAAAUACUUGCCAAAUUUCCCUAUGAGCGGACUCGAGUCGUGUGUCAUACAGACAAGUCCUUCUUGCCCAAGAAUCAAGCACAUUGGCGGUUGUUGAAUAUUGCUAAAUCAUCCAAAGCCGACGUCUUGGCGUCCCCGUUGAACAAAAUCACCAGAGAUCUCGAGCUGGAGAUGGAGAUGCGCUCCAAGAAAGCCAAGGAGCCCCGAGCAACCAUCUUUUCAUUAAAACCAUCGGCGCUGGUUAACCAUAAUCACCUAAAUUGCAACAAUCAGCUCAAUAGCAAUAGCAGGGUUAGGCCCACGGCAAGUCGUAGGAAUAGCUCUUCAAAGGUGCGCACCCAUUUUACCCCUUUACCAUCUGCAACCAACAUCGGAUCGGCAAUAGUUGCAUCCACUACCACUACUGCUACGGCUGCUUCGUCCACAGCAUCGCUUAGUCACAACUCUGCGAUGGCGACACACAUUAUGAAUAGCACUACUAAUCCAGCAAUGCAACGAGGAUGGGCAACCAAGUUUCUUCAGACAACCAAUCCUAUUUUCCUCCCUCGACCCGAGACAGUCUUGUCAUCGACUUGGUUCGAGCGUGCUGUUGUUAACCCGGUCUCAACUAAGGCUGUUGAUGAGCUUCAACGUAUGAUGGACCAACAAACAGCGCAUUGGGUUGAUCAAAACCAUUCACACAUUAAAAUCAUGGCAGCUAAAAGGAAAGGAGAGAAGGAGCAGGAUUGUUUGGAUUACGUUGGUAUUGGCUCGCUAGAUACACCGGAGGUCCCUGUUUCAGAUCGCAUCUGGUUUGUAGGAAGCUAUGCAUACCCAGGUAUUCCCCUGUUGGAAGGAUGUGUGGUCAGUGCACUGCAAGUCUGCGAUCGGAUUAGGGCCAUAGAAGCAUCCCGAGGUCAUCCAAUAGCUCCUUCUGUCUCUGUUCCAACCGAGACUUCAUUUCUAAAACGCGCUGAAGCUCUUCGAGGACUACAAAAACGAGAUGAGCGAGUUAGUGGUGAAGACAAGAAGACAAAAGCUUCUAGUGCAACAGUCAAUUACUUCCAGACUGCAUGGAAAGAUGCACAGCUUUUGGAUGACGAUCAGAGUGAAAUCCAAAAGGACACCAGUGAGACUUACUCGAAGCGAACAUUUUCAGUAGCAAUAGCAUCAAAUUUCUAUGUGCAAGUCGCUUGGAUGCUACUAAUGUAUGCAGCAGCUGUUAUGAAGUGGUGCUUUGUGCUCAUUGUUGAGAGCUUUGGAGGCGAUGGAAGUCGCUGGGCUUUGGCAUAGAAAAUUAGAAUAUUUUAUACCCUUAAUAAAG